CGGUCAGACGUCAUCAUACCGCCGAUGAAUUAGUUUCUUACCUAUUUGUAGCCUUGGUUAACUUUAUUGAAAAACAUAAACAGUAAUUUUUGGUGUGUGGGACGAAGAUCAGCGAGCCAACAGGAACAUUGUUCAGUCGAGCAGCCGAUUGAUCAGGACGACAAUAUUUGCGGAACAUCUUGGUUCAUUGAUUUCUCCUCUAGAAGUCGUGAAGCCAAGGAACAGCGUUGUCGGAACUAAAGCUAUGUCUACGACUAUUAAUAAGGCAAUGAAGGGAAAAGAACUGUUCAAUUUGCUUCAUCCAAGAUUUCCGAGCAUAGUCAUUCAAGCCAUCGUGGUCGUCUUAAGCAGCAGUGUACAAGUAAAUCGAGCAACCACAAUUACAGUUUCACCCAGCUCAAUGGUGUCUUCCUCAUCAGUACUCCAAAGGGAUUUUACCACGAUGCCUUCUUGGUCUGUUGUAAGAACUAGCACGUCUUCCUUUCAAUCGACUUCCGUUGUUUAUUCAUCCCCAAGAACUUUUCCUUCAUCUCCCGCAUCAAGCAUGACGAACAGUGUCGUAAAAUCGAAAUUUACAAAGACUGUUACUACCUCCGUGAGUUGCGUGACACUAACGUCUUCAAUACCUAUCACACAGUAUAAACAUACAGCAGUGCAUGUCACGCCAACAAAAGUGGUAAUUACCCGUAUACGAGGAAUUCUAAGUAUGACGAUUAUCACGGUGAUAGCAAGUGUCUUGGGAGUAAUCCUUCUAUUGCUCUUAGCUAUUAUAAUUUGGGAUCUGUGUAUCGUGCACGUAUUGCCAUGGAGGCCGACAUCACGUGUGGAGCCUCGUGGUGAUGUGUCACAUGUUCGUAGUGAUAUGGUCUGAGCAUGACAGCCAUGUACUUACCACUAGUCAAGGGGCAUGUACGACGCGAUGCAACUUCAGACAAUUUUUUUGGUCUCUGUGUUAUCGAUGUCAUGAAGGCACCUCUGAUCUAUUUUGAGACAGUCAUAAGUCAUGUGAAUUAAGCAUCAACUAAGUGAAUAAAAUAAUAGAAGAUCCAUGAUCGAGUAGGCAAGGGCGAUAGUUUGUAUGAGAGAAAACUUAUACACAACAGCCGCCGGUGACAAUCGAGUCAGCGGUAUUCAUCAUUAGCUUCAAAUGGGGAGUCAUUUGUCGGUCGAGUAUAAAAUUGACCAAUCAGUGUUCACUUAAGCUAGACCCACUUCGUUCUGAUGUCAAGAUGACUAAAUCCCAUUCGCGUUGCCCAAACAUCAGUCAUUCUUAUCGAUAAUAUUCCUCUUCAGACUGAUCUGAACGCCACUAUCACUGUUACUACUGAGUUGAUACUAUUGUGUAAAAGAACAGUUUCUCUCGGAAAAAUGCAAUAAAUGUUGGGGAAUACGAAAAAGGACUGAAAUUUGUCACCAGAAACCUUCAGUAGAAUCCACAUUACGUUGUGUUAAAAAUUUGUAAAUUAUGGGAAAAUGCAGUAACUGUGAAUAAAUGCUGUAAUAUAGCUGUAAAUACUACUGUUUGUGAAUAAAUUGAAAACCACUUUCAAUUGUAAA